AUGCGCGAGGCGACCGCAGCGCCGCCGUCAUCAGCGCGACCGCCAUCGCAACGAGGCGCGCUAUCCCGUUCACUUCGCGACGAAGAAGCCACGAAGAAAUGCCCGUAGGUUCGAGAUCGAUCGUCAGUCCGAGUUCCCGUACGACGAGCAUGGAGGUAUCAUCGCGGUCGAGCCUGUAACGGGCGCGCUGUGGAUCUCAGGAGCGAGGCCAGCACGCACUCUCGUCGUCAUCGUCACCGUCACCAUCGUCAUCAUCGUCGUCGUCGUCGUCUUGCAUCGUCGCUCUCGCGCUCCACGCUCGCGUCGGGUCAGCUGCUGCUAACUUCGCGCCGCCCCCUUCGCGCGCCAGGUUGUCGGUUGUGUGUGCAUCGGGUGCGCGUAUCGCAUCGAGCCCGCGGCCCCGCGAUCGUGACACUCUCCGCCCCCGAGGUGCGCCGCCCGCAGGCCUCUCCGCGUGCACGAUGGAGCUGCGCGUUGGUAACAAGUACCGGCUCGGACGGAAAAUCGGGAGCGGCUCCUUCGGCGACAUUUACCUAGGUACGAAUAUUUCAACGGGUGAGGAGGUUGCCAUCAAGUUGGAAUGCAUAAAGACACGGCAUCCGCAGCUGCACAUAGAGUCCAAGUUUUACAAGAUGAUGCAAGGAGGCGUUGGAAUACCAACUAUAAAAUGGUGUGGUUCGGAGGGUGAUUAUAACGUAAUGGUAAUGGAAUUACUUGGGCCAUCACUGGAAGAUUUGUUUAAUUUUUGUUCAAGACGUUUUACUCUGAAAACAGUCCUGCUCCUUGCCGAUCAAUUGAUAAGUAGAACAGAUUACAUUCACAGCCGCAACUUUAUUCAUCGUGAUAUUAAGCCAGACAAUUUUCUGAUGGGUCUGGGAAAGAAGGGCAACCUCGUCUACAUUAUAGAUUUCGGAUUGGCUAAAAAAUAUCGCGAUGGCCGCACACACAAGCAUAUACCCUAUCGAGAAAACAAGAAUCUGACAGGGACGGCCAGAUACGCGAGCAUAAACACACACUUGGGGAUCGAGCAGUCACGACGGGACGACCUCGAAUCUCUGGGCUAUGUCCUCAUGUACUUCAAUAGAGGUAGUCUACCCUGGCAAGGAUUGAAAGCAGCGACUAAGAGACAAAAGUACGAACGCAUUUCUGAAAAGAAAAUGUCCACUCCCAUAGAAGAACUCUGUAAAGGCUAUCCUGUAGAGUUUGCGUCGUAUCUAAGGUAUUGUCGGGAUUUGCGCUUCGAGGAGAGGCCGGAUUAUUCGCAUCUCCGACAACUUUUCCGAACAUUGUUCCACGGUCAGGGCUUCACUUACGAUUACGUCUUUGACUGGAAUAUGCUGAAGUUUGGUAACGCGAGACAACCAACUUUACCUUCCGCACAACAAGCGCCCAUGCACUCGCAGCCGUCUAACGCGGCGCUGCCUUCUGGGACCAACAACGAUCAGGAACAUCGAUCAAGGCCCUACACGCGGCAAUGUUUGCCAAACGCGUCCGUAGCGACGGUGGGCCCGACGCUUGGACGCUUGGACCCGACCACGAGUUUGCGAGCGAUCCGGCAGAAACGCGAGAUGGAGACUCGUGGUGACCAGGACAAUCAGGACAAGAAUGAUCUCCAAGCAUCGGGUGCGGGUGGACAGGAGCGAAGGGUCAGCAUGCGAUUGCAUCGUAGGGAUACACUUCUAGCAGCUGCAGGAGAAAUGCAGCCCAAGUCCAAGAAGCGCCAAUGCGACGGCAAUCGCUCCACCCACCCUGAUGGUCAGGCGGGCAAGCGUGCAACACAACAAGUGAAUCAGCAACAGCAAUAGCGGAAUCAUCAUCAUCAUCAUCAUCAUCCUCGUAAUCAGCAACGUCGUUCAUCAAGAGCGACGACCAGCGUUCGCCGCCGACACGGCGCUUUCCUGCCUGUCGCAAACCGGAAGUGAACCCGCGCGCGGCCGGAAGUGGUGCCGCGCAGCCAUCCGGUGAACGGUGAACGGAUGCGACCCGAUUGUCGCGUUUGUCGGUGACAAUUGUAAUCGCGGUGGUGCUUCAUGAACAUCCAGUAACGGGAAAGGUAACGUGAGGAUGCCUGCGUGUGACUCCUUGCACCGAGUGGACGAUGAGAGGAGGAAGGAAGAGGAGGGAGAGAACUGUAACAACUCGACGUCGACUGUGUCCCCGGGAUGCAACGAUGCAGCUCUCAUCUUAGUGCGCAAGAUUGGGCUAUUGGAAUAUGUCCUGGAUCUCUUUCUCACGAUCGGAGCGAAUCCUGUCUGGAGGACUCUCUCGACGACCAUGAGAGCAUUCAUGAGAGUAAGAAGGUUUAGAAAAAAAUCAAGUCGGAUCCCUCGCAUCUCUCUUGCGGGUGUAGGACGAUGAAACGUGAUUGUGAUCGGUUUUUCUGCUUUCUUUUUUUUUUUUUUGUGAUUUUUCUCGAAGCGAAUCGCAAAUGUACAGUACGCGGUUUCGAUGAUGGAUCCUCGCAGUUGUUCACGAUGCAUAGUACAUUUAAUUUUCGUCGUACGAGAGGCGAGAACCGAACUGUGCGGCCAAUUUUGUUUUUCCCGAAUUUGAUGCCGCAUCGUAGUUAUAUUUGUCAAACUUCGUUAUAAUUUGUAAAUUGUUUGCGAAAGAGAGCAGGGAGAGUUUUUUCUUGUCAAAGAUAUAGUAAAUGAGAUUAUAAUAAAACGCAUGUCGCAACAGAAAGCUACGUUAGAUGAAAAACCGUGGUAUUUGGUUUAAACGUCAUCAAUAUUCUUGAUUACAAUGGCAUAUAUUCCAUUCUGUAAAUUCCUAUAGAACUUGUAAAGACUUAACUUUUCUUUUCAAUCUCAUAUAAGUCGAUUAAUGACCUCUCCGUUAACGAUAUUGUCUGUUAAUGAUAUUGACUUGCGAAAUUAUCGUUCGAUUUUUCACGAGACAGUCACGAGGGUUAACAUAAUUCCGCGCAAUUAUUACCGUAUCCUGCUCCACCAGCGGGCUGAGUACGUAUGUAUAAAUGUAGAAUAUCUCUUCGUAUAAGUCACAACAUGUAUAUAGAUCGAAUACAUUGGUAACUCGAGCAGCUAUCGAGUGUGUAAAGCUGUUCUCGAAUUUUUGCACAAAAUGAAAAUGACAUUUUUUCAGGCGAUACAAAUGAAAUGUUAGCUCCACGUUAGUGUCAAGAAAAUCAAGUGCAAUGAUGGGGAGAAGCCAGAACAAAUACAAUUUUGCUAGGACGCGUCAUUUCGACACACGCGUUUAAUACGGUUCUUGCCUUAAACUCGGCGUGCCAUUGUUCCAGCCGAAGCUAAAUACAAGGCAAAUUUCGGGAUCAUCUGCGUGUCCAAGAAAAUUAUUUCAAACGGUAUAUACAAUCAUCAAUUUUUGCCCGGCCAGUCUUGCCGACGAGAGCAAUGUCACGUCGAUUUACGGCAGCAAGAUGCUGAGGUCUUCUCGCUAAAAAGCUCGAUAGUUAAACGAUCAUACAGAACGUAGUACAACGGGCGCGCAGGGAGUGGGCGGGGGAGGACGUCUAGUUUUAGGGACAAUUCGCUCGGUUGUGCUUAGAUGGUAAGAAAAGAACACACGAUUGCGAGUUUCCGUGGAGCAUUUCUAUCUCAUCAGCAUCGAUCGGGCGUACUGUACAGGUGGUGGUGUGUCUGUGAAUGCGCAUGAUGAAUUAUGACAUCGUUCACUGUGUCUAAUAAAUAAUAAAACAGA